AUGGCCGCCUACCUCGAUCUGCUGCAGCAAUAUUCGCAAACCGCGCUCGCGCAGCUCCCCGAGCCCGCGCAACAACUGUUGCUCAAGCCUGUUACCCAAAAGGCGCUGGCCGCCUUCCUCGCACUGGGCCUGGUGCGCUCCGUGAACAAGUCGCUCUCCCAAUGGACCCUGCAGAAUUGGACCCGAAAUGAGAAAUGGGUGCCGGCGCGCGAGCUCAUCCUCCUCACCGGAGGUUGCAGCGGCAUCGGAAAGCAGGUCAUGGAGGACCUGGCUAAGACCGGCGUGCGUGUCGUGAUUCUCGAUAUCAACGAACCGACCUUCAAGUUGCCCGCCAACGUCUUCUUCUACCGCGCCGAUAUCACAUCCUCCGCCAGCAUUGCUGAGGUGGCCAAGACUAUUCGUAGCGACCAUGGUGAUCCCACCGUACUGGUCAACAAUGCCGGCGUCGGUCACGACGGCACCAUCCUGGACGAGCCUGAGGCCAAGAUCCGCCAGACCUUUGAGGUCAACACCAUCUCUCACUUCCUGAUGGUGAAGGAGUUCCUCCCCGCUAUGGUCAAGGCUAACCACGGCCAUGUCAUUACCAUUGCCUCCAUGGCCAGCUUUGUCGCACUGGGUGAAAUGGCUGACUACUGUUGCUCCAAGGCCAGUGCGCUCGCCUUCCACGAGUCGCUGCGCCAGGAGCUGCGGUACUGGUACAACGCGCCUAAUGUGCGCACCAGCGUUGUCCACCCCAUGUGGGUUCGCACUCCCAUGAUCAAGAUGCUGACCGACCACGAAUCCCACUUCCGCCAACCCAUCAUGACUGUCCAGGUCGUCUCCGACGCGAUCUGCAAACAGAUCCUCACCCAGACCAGCGGCCAGGUCAUUCUGCCCAAGAGCCAGUCCGCAGCUAGCCUGGUGCGUGCCAUGCCUACCUGGAUGCAAGAGGGGAUCCGCACCAUUGCUUCAGGCUCGCUGCGCCGGUUGCGCGAAGUCCAGAAGGCCGAGGAGGCCAAAUAA